UGCCAUGAAGAAGGGAAGGUAGAGAUGAGCGGACUGGGGACCUCUUUGAAGAUUGUAGGGCUGCUUUGUUGUCUUUGUUUUGUCCAUGCUUAUCCGGACGGAGCUCCCGCUGUUGCUUGUCAAAAUAGGACUCCACAACAUAACGGAGCAACCGCUUCAACUAGAGCCAAACGCUAUACAGUGACUGCUAACUCAACAUACUAUACUGCUACAGAAAACGUUUUAGUGACUUUGAAGGGUGUUAGUGGCACGACAUUUAAAGGUUUCCUGAUACAGAUGUGGACUGAAAACCGUCAGCAAACAGUGGGAACUUUCACCGUCAUUACAACUGCUGAAAGCCAACUUCUACAGUGUGGCAAUGUGGCAAGUUAACUACUAGAGUGUAACCAUGUAUUUAGUUAACUUCUA